AUGUCAUCUUCUACCGCAUUAUAUCAUUUAUCUACAGAAACAAAGAAGCAAAUCCAACAAUUUCGUAUCAGUACGGGGAGAAUAGAAACCGUUAAGGGACUUUCCAUUAAGAUUCAACCGAAACCAUCAUACGAGAUUGUCAUUGAUGAUGAUGAGCAAGAAGAAUUAGAUGAGAUGACUGAUUUAUCUGAAUUGGCAGAGAUAAUGCCUGAUAAUUCUCCUAGGUUCUUAUUACUAGCUUACCCUUUAACUACCAAAGAUGGUAUUAAACAAACUCCGUUGGUUUUGAUAUAUUGGAAACCAGUUACUGUGGUGUCACAAGAAUGGAAAAUGUUAUAUGCUGGAGCAUUAGAAAUGAUCAGAAGUGAAUGUGGUACUUAUAAGUUGGUGGAAGUAUCAUCAGGGUUAGAAGACGAUUCGGAUAUUGAAGAGUUGAUUGAGCAAAUUGGAAAUGCUUAA